GUUUCAUCCUCGAAGGGAUUGACUUGACUGAAAGGGAAAUUCGGAUAAGCAAUUGUUCAGAUGAUCCCUGCUGGCAUUUUAUUAUUGGGCCAAAAUUAUUGUGAUGCUAAUUAUUGAUUGAUAGAGUCUCAUAUGUAAUUAAGUGGUGAUUUCAGAUUAAAAUUAUUUCUUCGUCAUGCGGACUACUCAGAAAACGGUUGUUUUGGACUGGCUUUUAACUGUCUGAGGUUGGAAUAGUACCACAAAGGAAGUGGUCAAUGGCAGGACAGGAGCUGGUAUUUCUGCUCUGGCUUUUCUCCAACUCUUUCUCCGUAGUGGUCACGUGGUCAACAGCGGUAAUGGACGGGGCCAGAAUCUGUGAGGAGCUUAGUGGGACGACCGACUGCCAAACAAGCGCAUCUUGCCUAAAAAAGUUUCUGAGUUGUGAGUGUGUACCUGUCGAACUCUUGCCGUUCUUGAAAGACGACCAUGCAUAUUCUACACUCUGUUUGUUUUCAGUUUACUAUACAGGGAUAGGAGAACCAGAAUGCUGUCCAUACAUGCAUCAUGAGAAAAGAUCCCGCGAUGAAACUUACAAUGGGUUAUUUCCCUUGCUAACACUCCCCCUUCUUCCUGAUUGGUCAGCUUUACCGGAAGUCAGAAAACGUGGACAUGAACGUGCUACCAACAAGUUUGGAACCUCUGAACCAGAUCGUCGAAGCAUUGACUCUGAUGAACGUGCGACAUCAGAACAAUUGCAACAAUAUGAGAAUUACCGCAAUGAUAUUGAAUCAACUGUUUUACUAUUGACAGAUAUAAUUACCAAUGGAGGAGAUAGCGAUGUAUGGUUGAAUUCUGAUCUGAGUAAUGUUCAAGGACGUACAAACAUGUUGUUCCAAUCAAAGAGGGGGCUAGGAAGUAUUCUUUUACAUGCAAUAUAUUAUAAUGACAAAUAAAAAAGUAUGAACAUGA